AAUAAAAAAAAAAAGAAAAUCGAGAUCGGAAAAUAUCCCCAACGCUUCCCGCCUCAUCCGAAUCAAAAACCCUAAUUUUCCAGAUCAACCACCGACGACGGAUCCUCUCAAUCUCCCCAGAUGACUGAAGAUAGCGGCGAAUUAGCAGCGCCCGGAGAGAUCCGACCCUCUCUGGCUAAUUUGACCAAUCUUCCAAAGAAGAGGGGAGCUUCGUCGAUUUCGAGCGAUUCACUUGAUAGUCCUAGAGUAGAGUUCUCAAAGAGGCUAUCCGUAGUUGUGGAUGACUUGGUUAAGCAAAACGGGUCUUCUUCCUCGGAUUCCAAGUGUAGCUCUGACGACGAGAAAGGAUCUGGUGGUGAUGCUAUGGUGGAGGUUUCUAGUGGAGAUGCCAAACCGUCGAAAGGGAUCUACUUUGAGCCUGGUGACAGAGACGGUGCGCGAGAGUUUAAAACUGAUGAAGGGUUGGCUUUAUCUUUGUUGAGCAGCAGCGAUGCUGAGAUAAAGAAGGAGUUGGGUAGUUGUCAGAAUCUGAGAUCGUUUGAGAUGAGUAGAUGCUCCAAUGUUGACAAGGAAGAGCAUGUGAAUGUGAAUAUGGGAGAUGAUGAUGAUUUGAUAAAGUCAUGUUCUUGUUCUUUUUGUCUUAAAGCUGCGUAUAUCUGGUCGGAUCUUCAUUACCAGGACAUCAAAGGUCGAUUAUCUGCCUUGAAGAAGAGUCAGAAAGUAGCUAGCAGCUUGAUUCAAAGGAAUGACAAAGAAAAACAACCUACGGGCUUUCAUGCCUUGGUAAACUCUGUUGGCGCUGCAAAGCUAGAAUCUGAUCUCAUGGCUCAGUGGAGGUCUCUGUUUCUCGGCAUGGGAGAUAUCCUCGCUCAUGAAAGCAAUCACCUUCAAAAUAGCUUUGUGACAAUGAAAGAUUUGCGGGAAGAUUGCAAGAUUGAUUUGGAGAGAGCAACCAAAACACCUCAGCACAACACCUGAUAAGUAGUCUUCUCUACUUUGUCAAACACUUAAGGUUCCCUUUUUAAUUUUCGCAGCAGCUCGUGUGAAAAUUAUAUUAUGUAAUAUCUCGAUGCAAUGUAUAGAUGCUUCAAAAAAAAAUCAUCCCGUAUGUGUAUUGACAACUGCUGUUUGUUUUUUCCCUUGAACUCUUUGUAUCUCUUUGGCAUUUGACUAUUUUGUAUUUCUUUUUUU